CUGGUCAACCACGAAGCACAGUGCGUACUGUACUACUACUACUACUACUACUACUACUACUACUACUACUACUACUACUACUACUACUACUACUACUACUACUACUACUACUACUACUACUACUACUACUACUACUACUACUACUACUACUACACGUGUGAUUAA